UGAGAUUGCAUUUUUCCCACACUCGACAACCUUGCCUACACGUUUCUCUCUCAGUUUACCACUUUAACUACUUAAAGAGACCCUCUUCUCCUCCUCCUUUUGUGAUGAUCAAAUGGAAAAGCCAUCAAUAAUGAUCUCAAGAACCUGCUGCUACGAUCACCAACUCGGCUUUCUAACCCUCAUCUCUCUCCUCUUAUGUACCAUAAUUGUAACACACUUCAAUCAUUCUCCUUCACUUGAACUAGUAUUCAACAACAAUGGAGAACAAGUAGAUCCAUGCCAUGGCAGGUACGUUUACGUUCACGACCUUCCCCCUCGCUUCAACCGCUACUUGAUUGACCACUGCGAUUCUCUAACCAGAGGAACCGAUAAGCCCAACAUGUGUCCGUACAUGGAAAACAUGGGCUUCGGCCCAAAACUCAAUUCUUCCAGUUCCAAAUCGCCAGAGCUUUUCACGAACAGCAAUUGGUAUGAAACAAACCAAUUCUCCUUAGAGCUCAUCUUUCAUCACAAGAUAAAAAAUUACAAGUGUUUGACGAAUGACUCGUCGGUAGCUUCGGCGAUUUUCGUUCCGUUCUACGCCGGCCUCGACGUCAGUAGAUUCCUUUGGGUGUCUAAUCUGACGGUCAGGGAUGCUUCUGGAAGAGACCUUGCUCGCUGGCUUUCGUGUCAAAAGGAGUGGAAAAGAAUGUGGGGAAGGGACCAUUUCGUAAUUUCUGGGAGGAUUUCUUGGGACUUCAGAAGACAACAUAAUACUUUGUCGGAUUGGGGAAGCAACUUUAGAUUCUUACCGGAAUCCAUGAACAUGUCAAUGCUGGCCGUGGAAGGAAGCUCAUGGAACAAUGAUUAUGCUGUUCCAUAUCCAACCUCGUUUCAUCCAUUGAAAGAAAGUGAAAUUGUUGAGUGGCAGAGGAAGAUCAGGAACAGAGAGAGGCCUCACUUGUUCACCUUCACCGGCGCCCCUAGGCCUGAAAUCGAGGAUUCCAUUAGAGGAAAAGUGAUACAACAUUGUAGAAGCUCGCGUGCUUGCAAAUUCAUUGAUUGCAGCUAUGGUAAAGAAAAAUGUGAGGAUCCUGUUAAUGUUAUAAUGGAGUUUGGGGAUUCAGUGUUCUGUUUACAGCCUCCGGGAGAUUCUUACACAAGAAGGUCGAUUUUCGAUUCAAUGGUGGCUGGUUGUGUUCCGGUUUUCUUCCACCCUGGCACGGCUUAUUCGCAGUACCGAUGGAAUUUACCGCAGAAUCGAACCAAGUAUUCAGUUUAUAUACCUGUGAGGGAUGUAAAAGAAUGGAAUGAGAAAAAUAUUAGUGUGGAGAAGGUGUUAAUGGCGAUUCCAGAGGAUGAGGUAGUUGCAUUGAGAGAGGAGGUUAUUAAACUGAUUCCAAGUAUAAUAUAUGCAGAUCCAAGGUCUAACAUUGAAGAUGCAUUUGAUUUGGCAGUUAAAGGGAUUCUUGAAAGGAUAGAGAGAGUGAGGGAAGCAAUUAGGAAUGGGAGAGAUCCUAGCAUUGGUUUUGCUGAUGAAGAUCAUUACAAGUACACAUUUUCUGAUCAUAAUCAUAGCUAAAGUACUUACUGAAUCUGUUUUAUAAUAUUCUUCAUGAUUAUAUAUAGAGCCUAAUUUUGAUACGUGGAUAAUGUAAAGCGUU